GCCCCUCCCUCCGGGUCCCCCGCCCCCCCAGCCCCUCCAUCCGGGGCCAGCCCCGCCCGCCGGCCCAGCCGGGCCCCGCUCCCUGCCGGCCAUGACGAUCCUGCCCAAGAAGAAGCCCUGCCCGGCGGCGGGGGACGGGGAGCGGGACCCGCCGGGCGGCCCCCCCCCGCGCCGCGGCCCCGGGCGGGGUGGGCGGCGCCGACCCCCACCCCCACCCGCGCGGGGGGCCCGGCCCGGACUCGCACGCGCGGGGGGGGCCCGGCGGCGGGGGCGGCCCCCCCGCCGGCCCCGAUCCCCGCGGCGGAGGGGCCCGAUCCCGGGCCUCGCCCCCCCCGGCGCGCUGGGGGGCGCCCCGGCCGGCUCGCCGCCGCCGCCGGGCCCCGGCGGGGCCGGGGGCGGCGGGGACCCGCUCGGGGGGCUGGACGGGGCCCCGCUGCUGGGGCCGGGCGAGGCCCGGGGCGGGGGCUGCUGCUCGGGGCCCGGCCACAGCAAGCGGCGGCGCCAGGGGGGCCCCGGCCCGGGCUCCAGCCCCGAGCGCGACGAGGCCGGCGGCGGCGCCGGCUGCAACAGCGAGGACGAGUACGAGACGGCGGCGGCCCGCGGGGAGAGCCUGGACCCGGCCACGGUGGAGCAGCAGGAGAACAGGUUUGAGAAGUCGCUGCGGGAGAAGAAAGGUUUCAUCAUCAAGCAGAUGAAGGAGGAUGGGGCUUGUUUAUUCCGGGCUGUGGCUGACCAGGUGUAUGGAGACCAGGACAUGCACGAAGUGGUCCGGAAGCACUGUAUGGACUACCUGAUGAAAAACGCCGAUUACUUCUCCAACUACGUGACUGAAGAUUUCACCACCUACAUCAACCGGAAGCGGGAAAACAAUUGCCAUGGCAACCACAUUGAGAUGCAGGCCAUGGCGGAGAUGUACAACCGGCCCGUGGAGGUGUACCAGUACGGCACAGAGCCCAUCAACACCUUCCACGGCAUCCAGCAGAAUGAGGACGAGCCCAUCCGGGUCUCCUACCACCGCAACAUCCACUACAACUCCGUGGUGAACCCCAACAAGGCCACCAUCGGCGUGGGGCUGGGGCUACCCUCCUUCAAGCCAGGGAUCGCUGAUGAAAGCGCCAUCAAGACGUCGGAGGAGUCGUGGAUCGAGCAGCAGAUGCUGGAGGACAAGAAGCGAGCGACCGACUGGGAGGCCACGAACGAGGCCAUCGAGGAGCAGGUGGCCCGAGAGUCCUACCUGCAGUGGCUGCGGGACCAGGAGAAACAAGCAGACAGGUGAGCCCCGCCCCGGCCCCGCCCCCUCUGGGGACCUGCCCAGCCCCGGAAAGCCAGCGCGACCUGCAGCUCGGCCACGGCAGCGGCCACCAGCGGCCUGGAGGACUGGAGCAGCCUCCCGCGCCAGCGCAGCUCGGCCCCGUCCCCCGAGCACCCCGACCUGCACAGCGACAUCACCGCCAUGAAGCCGCUCCCGGGCACCGCCGCCGCCCUGGCACUGCCGAAACCCCCCUCGCCCUGCGCGCCAGGCACGAGCAGCCAGUUAUCGGCAGGAGGUGGCCGAGGCGACCCACCCUUAGUGUCCUUGUACCCAGCCCUGGAGUGCCGAGCCAUCAUGCAGCAGAUGUCUCCUACGCGUCGGUGAGUCUCACCGACUGGGGAGGACGAGAUCCUGGCCUCGGUGCUGGCUGUCUCCCAGCAAGAGUACCUGGAGAGCAUGAAGGGCUCCCUGCACAGAGACAGCCCCGCCGACAAGAGCUGA